GCGGCGCUCCUUCUUCCGUCCAGGGAGGCGUGGCGGAAGUGAAGGGCGGAAGAUGGCGGAGGCGGAACCCCAGAGAAAGAUCCCCCUGGUCCCAGAGAACCUCUUGAAGAAGAGAAAGGCGUAUCAGGCCUUCAAAGCCAACCAGGCGAAACAGGCACUUCUGAACAAGAGGAAGCUUCAAAGAGGGAAACAGAUCAAGUUCAAGAGACUUGAGACAUUUGUUCACGAUGCCCAGCGCCAACAACGCGACGAGGUGCGGCUCCAGCGCCUGAAAGUGAAGCCUAGAGGAUUGGAAAUGCCCGAGGGGCACCCGCUGGUCUUUGUAGUCCGCAUCAAAGAAAUCCAGGGAGUGAGCCUGCGUGUGAAGAAGGUCAUUGAGUUCCUGAGGCUGAGCAAGAUCUUCAGCGGGGUUUUUGUCAAGAUGACGGCCAGUUCCAUAAAGAUGCUGCGGAUAGUGGAGCCUUACGUGGCCUGGGGCUACCCCAACCUAAAGUCUGUCCGCGAGCUCAUUCUCAAACGAGGCCAGACCCGAAUCGACAAGAAGCUCGUCCCUCUGACGGACAACGCCCUGAUCGAGAAGCAUUUAGGGAAGUUUGGAGUCAUUUGCCUAGAAGACCUCAUUCACGAAAUCUACUCGACGGGCAAACACUUCCAGGAGAUGACCCGGUUCCUGUGUCCGUUCCCUCUGUCGGUGGCCCGUCACGCCGCCCAGAAUAAAAUGGGCUUCCUCAAGGAGAUGGGCAAACCGGGAUACCAGGGCGAGAGCAUCAACCAGCUCAUCCGGCAGCUCAACUAGUUCCAGGAUGGCCAAAGGUUGAGGCUGUUGGUGAGUUGUAUUGGCGUUCACAGUAAACAUCUAGUGCCCUCACAAAGAAGAUACUUUACACUGGAUCUUUGGGAACUGUGGGGGGUGAGAAGUCCUGACCUCCCCUAUUCCAGUCCUGAAGCAUUCCAGCCCUUCUCUCACUUGGGAGAUUAAUUCUCAGGAGGACGUGUGUGACCGUUUCAGCUGAGUGGAAAAUUCUCUCUCUUUCCCGGGCUGGGGCCCCGCCUCCCGAGAAACAAUCUUUUGACCGUGGGGAACCCGCCCGACGGUUACAGUGUUAAACACAGCGUCGUCAUUGACCUUGGGCCCCAAAACAUUUUCCAGCCCAGCACAGACUGGAAAUCCGUGCCUCGAACACCCGGGACCGUGGACUGUGGAGGGCAGCGGGGUUUGUCACGUGUGGAGUUGGCGGUGAACUGCUCCACGUCGUCCCCGCAGUUUGGGCCAAGCGUUGAUCCGUAAAACUUCCGCUCGUGCAGUGGCGAACCCUGGCACAAAACAGCCAGGCUAAGCCCGAUAUUUGAGACUUGGACUUGAACCUGAGAUCCCCGGGCCAAAUUCGUGUGCGCUUGCACUGGGGUUUCAGACCUACAAGCGAUGUUCUGUUUCAGGUGCUGGGGUGGUUCUCGAUGAGGAAUUAAUUUUCUAAAAACUGUG